AUGAAUAUUAUCUGCAUGAGUAAUAAUGUUGGGAAAAUGAGCGAGGCAGUGGGCAAAAUGAAAAUGGUGGCGUCGGAGGGGAGUGGAGGUGGUCUGGGGGGAGGGGGAGGGGGUACGAGGCACGAAGGCACAGAGACCACUGGCACGGCACUCUCCAAGCUCAGGCAUACCCUCACCUCGGGCAUCCACGGCACAGUGACGAAGCUGUCGCCGACUAGGCCUGCACCUGCCGUGCACGCCGAGGGUUCCGUGUCGUCGUCAUCGUCGUCGUCUUCAGCAGGAGUGGUGGGGGCCCCAGCGGCAGCCUCAGUGUCUUCGGAGGAGAGGUCGCUGCUGCAGAAGGUCUGGGAGAAGAGCGAACGUUUCGACCCCGGAGAGUCGAGAAUAUUCAAGCCCGCGCCUAUCACUACGCCCACCGGCCCCUCAGGGGCGAUGAUGGGCGGCGGAGGGGGUGGCAUCUCCCCAGUCUCGUCUCCCGUGGGAGGGAAGCAGGGAGAGACCAUGACCAUCGUCAUCUCAUCCCGCUCCCAGAGGUCACCAGGGUCAUCCUGCAGAGUUUGCGUCAAGACUUUAGAGGACACAGAGUUCUUUAAAGUGUGUUCUGAGUGUGGGAAUAAAGUGUGUGAAGAUUGUGCUUCCUACUCCACACAGGCGUCUGAUGGUGACCAGGAGACGUGGAACUGUAGUAUAUGUCGCCGACGGCUGUCGUCGAGGGCCAGGACGGAGCAGCCGUCGUCUUCCGAGGCUGCCACACUCACCACGGGAGUGCCAACCAUCAUGUCGGCACCACUGCCACCACCCAGCCCAGGGGCGCCCACUGCCCUCAACCUCUUCAGUGGUCUCGCUGUCAUGGCCUCUUCCAUGGCUGGAACCCAGCAGGCUACUACACCUUCAACACCACUACCCAGCCCGCUACCAGCCACCAGCGCCACCACCACCUGCUCCACAGCCUUCUCCACCACCCCCUCCACCCCCACCACAACAGAACCCCCAACGCUGCAGCCAACAGUCAACGGGUACGCCCAUCGCAAGCUCUCGAGAGGGUCGUGCAAACAGACCUCCCUCGACAGAGCCAAAUCGAUUGAAAAGUCAAGAACCAGAGACGAAUCGCGGGAUAGGAGAACGUCCACGGCCGCGCCUGGAAGCGAAUCGCGACGUCCUCGGGAUAGGUCACGGGAGCGUCCCAGCGUCCCCCGCCGACGCUCCGACAACGACGAUGACAACCCCGUGCGCUCUUCGUCGUCGACGCGCUCGACCUCGGUGCGACGCGGCCGCAUGAGCGACUACAUGCUGCGCGACUCCUCCGACGACCACCUCAACUUCCAGCGUAUCCACGCGGCGCACAGCGAGACAGACGUGUCCAGGACACGUAAGACAAGUCACGCCAACCUACACGUAACACGUCCUCUGGACACGGUCGUGGCGAGGGCUACCGCCGAGGACUCCACCGUCACCAGGGAGUCUGAGUCUUCGGGAGACGAGACUCUGGUCGUCAACAGUUGGCAGUCUCGAAGUCGCCGUCGCUCCAUUAUUCGCCAGCAGUCUUACGAGGAGGAAGACCCCGACGGAGAGACCUUCGUCAACCACGCCGGCAGUGGCAACAACUUGACGCUGUGGGGAGGUGGAGAUCUCCCGAUGAGGAGACACUCAGCGCAGGAUCCCUCCAGGAGAGAUGAUUCCUUAGAGGGACGCAAGACGAGGGACUCCUUAGACGUCCCCCAGCACAGCCGCGUCCACAGACACCACUCCUGGGACUAUGAUGUCGCCAGGGACACCCUGCCUAUCGGCAUGGCUGGAGUGGCAGCAGCUGCAGCAGCGUCAGCAGGAGGGUCACGUCACAGCAGUGAGAGCGACGUCAGCAGCGAAGCGCCGAGCGAGAGAGGCUCUACUACCGCUCUCGUAGACGAGCCUCAUAGAUUUUCACGUUCAUCCAUGAAGAGACGCUCUUCCUACCGCGCCUCCAGGGUCAAGAACCAGGACACCAGUGACCCCUACGACGCUGACGACCAGACUGGUCUGGAGUCUUCUUCCACGCCUCUCUCUCCUGAGGUCGCUCCUCUUGUAGGAGGCUCUGGAGGAGGAGGAAGUGGAGUGACUUCCGCUCAGAGCUCUCCAAGAAGGACGUUAUCCUCAAGCUUGGAGGACGAGCAGUGGUUGCUGCACCCGGAAGAAGAGUACCGCCCCACUAGGAGGAAAUCCUCAGCAGUAUCUGAGGGGGGUAGAAUACUACCCACGCCCCCAGCCUCACCACGAGGGACAACGGGAUACCCAGCCACCACGCCCACCCCCACAGCGGGCGUGGGCGUGCCACCUCGCAUCACGCAAUCACUGGAGGUCAACACUUCGAGAGACCUGGGCAUGGACGACGGGCUCAAGAGACAGAGCUCGGUCACGGAAGGAGAGACAAUACGCAUCGUCAUACACGACGUAGAUAUCGAUCAUCGUAAAGCGAGUCUGCAGGAUAAGGGACUGAGAAGAGUGAAGAUUCAGCGAGACAUGACAGACACUGCCCACAGGACUCGCGGCCUGGGUAUGCGUGUUGUAGGUGGCAAAGUGGGCGCCGAUGGGCGUCUCUUUGCGUACGUGGUGUGGACGGUGCGGGGAGGCCCGGCUGAAGUAGCCGGCGUAGUACAAGGUGAUAAGGUGCUGGAGUGGAACGGAGUAGCACUGACCGACCGCAGCUUCGAGGAAGUGUGCAGCAUCAUGGAAGAAGUACAUACUCAGGAGGACACUGUGGAGUUACUACUUGAACCAUCCAACGACCUACGCUCCUUGGACUAUGGUGACGAGACGAGUGCCUUACUGCAGCAGAAGAGAGGAUCUUUAGAGGGCAGGUCUCCGUCAGAAGGUGAAAACGACAAAUCGCAAUCUUCCAGCUCUAGAAGAAAGUUGCCCAGAAUUCCGAGCGACGUUGCUCGCGACCCGGUGAGUGGAAAGCUUCAGGUUCAGAUGUGGUACGACCAGGACAAGUCUCACCUCAUAGUGACAGUGGUGUCAGCCCACGACCUGCGCUUUAGGGACAGUUCAACCUAUGGCCCUCCUGAAGCCUUCGUCUGCUUGCGGCUCUUUCCCUUCAGUGACUGCAAGAUCUACAGCACGGGAGUGGCAGAAUCUUCCUGCAAGCCUAUGUGGAACUCUUCCUUCAUCUGGGAGGGCCUCACGGCAGACGCACUCAUGGGUCUUACUAUGGAAAUGUCCGUCUGGGAUUACGUCUCUGACACGGAGAAUGGAUUUCUGGGUGAGACGCUGAUCGACCUGCGACACGCCUACUUGGACGAGCGUCCUACCUGGUACCGCCUUCAGGAGCGGAGAUCGCGUAGCGCCAACGCCACUCCUAGAGGAUCCAUUGUUUCCUACGACUUUGCUGUUCCUCCCAUCCGGCGACCCUCCUCCGUGCGCUCUGGCUCCGACGACGGAGAAGACAGCAGAAACUCAUCACUGGACUCUGGCCUCCUACACCCUGACCUCGCCUGGAGAGAAUCAAGGUCACCCUCCAGACGGGGGUCUUCCUUGAGCGAGCAGGCCGAGAACGAGGUGUACCAACUCUCCCGCUCCUAUCCCCACUCGCUGCCCCAGUCGAGGCGUUCCUCAGUAGCGUACCAGUCGUCCUCCAGUCCAGAGUUCAAGGCUGAGGACUUGGAGGCGAGGCUGUGUGUAUCGAUGAGUCCUCUCGAGCGUCGUCGAAGUACCAGUUUUAGGUCUUCGACGAGAAGUGAGUUCCUGAGCAGCGGCGAGGAGUACCCGAGGCAGCGCCGCGCCUCCCACAGUGCAGCACUCAUCAGGUCACACUCCCUCAAGACCAACAACCAGGUCGAGCAGCGGGUCAAGCCAGGUACUCCCAGCAGCUCUCGACCUGAUGACGACGGUAGGACUUGGAGCGGAAGCGGAGAGGUGACCUCCGGCGACCUUGGACCGAGUCAGGUUGUUCCCAGGGGAUAUAGGGAGAUUCUUACAGAUGACUUCACGCUAGGGGAGAUCCAGCUGGCGCUUACACUGACCAAGGGUCAACUGGAGGUCGAGGUCAGUUGCGCCCGGGGACUCCCCACAGCCGCGUCGGGUCAGGAGCCAGACACAUACGUGAAGACCUACUUGAAAGACGGUGAUCGCCGCCUUCAGAAGCGCAAGACGCGGGUGACGCGACACUCGCGAGCGCCCGAGUACCACCAGACGCUGCGCUACGCCGCCCACGAUGCGCUCGGGCGCACCCUCUUGGCGAUGGUGUGGGAGCGCCAGAGAGGCUUCGAGCACAAUAUCGGCAUAGGAGUAGCGGAGAUCAGCCUCAGUAAGCUGGAACACGGCGAGCCGGUCCUAGCUGGCUGGUACAGGCUCCUUCCUGUUAGUAGCGUCGUCAGGGUCGACUCAGACUCCGGGGAAAGUGUACGCUAGGUUGUAAGGAACGUACGAUCACUUCUGCCCCCCACUGCGUCAUCUCUCAUUCCAUUGCUCACUUAGGUCAGGCCUACGGAGGUCUCAGCCGCGUCUAGUUCGGCUAAUCCCUGGGCAAAGAGUGCUAGGGGCAAGGGUGCCUUGGGCGACAGUGCUAGGGACAAGCGUGCCCUGGGCGAGAAUGCUAGGGGCAAGUGUGGGGAAGGAAGGGAGGGAGGCCAUCUCGGUUAUCUUGGUAUUCUUAAUCACCUAAGAUGACACUUCUUGAAGGUCACAAGAGGUUUAAAUACAUCUAUUACGCUACAAUUUAUAAGAUAAAACAAUUGAUUACCUUAACUGGAGCAGCUUGGAGGCUCCAACCGAGGAUUCUUCCAUUUAUGUAUACUAAUGAAACAGGUGCACAUACCAGGCCUACUUGGAAAAAAAAUAUGCCGAAUCAGCAUGAUAAACCACCAGCACUAAACACAUACGAAGAUGACAUAAUUAUCACAAAGACUGCCACAUCUGCUCUCUGAUAUUUGCAGCAGCUGUAACAGGGCGAUACAUAUCCAGAUUACAGGAUAUUCGUUUAUCUGUUAGGGUUUUUAAGUCUCUUGAUAACACUAUUCAUUACAAACGCUGUAUUUCACAUGUUCGCCACCUAUCAGAAAAAAAUAUAUAAAACAGUGCAGUAUAAAGGUAAACUUUUAUAUACACUGAGUGAUAUACACCUUUCAGAGUAUGUAAUUUAUUGAGGUGCUGUUCACUGCAGAUGAAGUGAACUUCAGUGAGAAUCUCAUAAAUAAUAUCCGAGACCUCGAAGUGUGCUCAGUGUCAACAAGAAUAGAACUCAAGCCUUUAUGUUCUCGGAUGAUAAAGAAAUGAAUCAAACAAGAAUUAAGUAUA